CCAGGUCACAUGUCCGUGCGGGAAUAAUGGCUGCACAGGAACCAUCACCACCAUCUUCAUUAGAAGGCAACAAACCCGGAUUCCCUAAGAAAAUACUGGCCAACAAGCUUGAGGACAAACAUUUGUGUAAUAUUUGUCAGAAAAUUUUAAGAAGGCCUUUCCAAGCCCAAUGUGGUCAUCGUUUCUGUUCAUACUGUUUUAACAAAACUGUGAGUUCUGGACCACAGAAAUGCAGUGCUUGUAUUAAAGAAGAGAUAUUUGAGGAACCAACAUCCAUUCUAAAACAAGGCUGUGCUUUUCCUGACAACGCAGCAAGAAGAGAGGUAGAGGCUCUAGCAGCUGUUUGUCCUAAUGAAGGCUGUUCUUGGACGGGCAGCAUUAAAGAAUACGAGCUUACCCACGAAGGAAAGUGUGACUAUAUGAUCAUCUCAUGUCCCUCCUGUAAAGAACUUCUCCGGGCUAAUGAGUUGGAACGGCACAAUGAACGAGAAUGCCCGGAAAGAACAUUGAAUUGCAAAUACUGCAAAGAACCUUUUCAGUUUAAAGAUAUCAAGGCUCAUGAUGAAAUAUGUCCAAAAUACCCAAUGAUAUGUGAAGGAUGUGCCAAGAAAAAAAUUCCCAGAGAAAAGUAUGUGGACCACAUCAAGCUCUGUACUAAAUUUAGAGCACCCUGCAGAUUUCAUGUGGUGGGCUGCGAUAUGUCAGUGGAGAAAGAGAAGAUCCAGGAGCAUGAGCGCGCCUGCUCCUACGAGCACCUGAACCUGCUGCUGCACUUCAUCAUGGGCAUCAAGGUGAACUUGGAGAGUUUGCAGCCCCAGAGCCUGGAGCUGGCCAGCCACAAGAUCCACGAGCUGCACCAGGCGCUGCAGGACCUGGAGCAGAAGAUGGGCCAGCUGGGUGCGGGGGCUCCCGUGCAGGGCGCCUGCGCACCCCUAACCCUCCCUCUUCCCACGCCCACGCUGUCCACCUCCUUCACGCCGCUGCCCACCGGCGUGGGCGCCGCCCUGGAGCUGCAGCUGCACAACGAGAAGACCAAGGUGGCCGAGCUCGGGCGCCGCUGCCAGGAGCUGGAACUGAAGGUGGGCACGUUCGAGAACAUCGUGUGUGUGCUCAACCGUGAGAUGGAGCGCUCGUCCGCCACCAUGGAGGCCUACAACCGCCAGCACCGCCUGGACCAGGACAAGAUUGAGAUACUCAGCAACAAGGUGCGUCAGUUGGAGCGGACGGUGGGUCUGAGGGAUCUCUCCAUCGUGGAGAUGGAGGGAAAGAUGAAGGAAAUGUCGGCGGCCACUUAUGACGGCGUCUUUGUGUGGAAGAUCUCGGACUUCAGUAAGAAAAGGGCCGAUGCUGUGGCCGGCAGAGCUCCUGCAAUGUUCUCCCCCGCCUUCUACACUAGUAAAUAUGGCUACAAGAUGUGUCUCCGCAUCUACCUGAAUGGGGACGGAACGGGACGUGGCACUCACUUGUCUUUGUUCUUCGUGGUGAUGAGGGGACACAGUGAUGCCCUGCUUAAGUGGCCCUUCAACCAGAAAGUGACGCUCAUGCUGCUGGACCAGAACAACCGCGAGCAUAUCAUCGACGCCUUCCGGCCCGACAUCUCCUCCUCGUCCUUCCAGCGCCCCGUCAGCGACAUGAACAUCGCCAGUGGCUGCCCGCUUUUCUGCCCCCUCUCGAAGCUCGACUCCAAGAACUCCUACAUCCGCGACGACACCAUCUUCAUCAAGGCCAUAGUGGACCUGACUGGUCUGUAGGUGUAGCACCCAAACACUCCCCCACUGACCACUACCACCCACUUCCUUCCUUCUCUAUCCUGGUGCCUCGAUUCCAGAAGCUUUGCCUGAGCUUUCAGCCAUUCCACACGCGGUCGGAGUUACCGUCUGAUCUUUCGAGCAUUGGGGCGGGCCAAUGCCCCUUGGAGUUUGGCGCUGUUCAGCAGAUCGUCACGAACAGUAAAAAGAAGAGUAAAUUUGGACACUGCUAAUCCGUGCUCUGAAGUGGUAGCCGAAAUGUGGCCCCACAAAUGGUGCGUUUUAUUUAUUUUUUUUCCCCGCUCUGGUCAGGGUGAGUACGGGUCUCUCCGACUCCAGAAGGCCGGCCGCCAUAAGGGACCCUCUCCUCUGCACGCUCGUAGAGGUGGCUAGCUGUCAGCUGUGAUUGUAAUGUACAGAACUUUCCUUAUCGCCUGUGCCAUGUUUGAGAGGCACACUGCCUUUUACGGAAUUUGAAGACUUUCCUUCAGCAGACUGCAGUACCCCC